AUGAAGUUUCUGAUGAAAAUUUCGACUAAAGCGCCCUGGGAUUUCGAAUCACUGGUCACCAGCAGGAAAGUCAAAGUGUCUCUUGAUCGUCUGAUACCUUUGGUUUUGAAGCCUUUCAAAGAAAAGUUUCAAGAAGCACCAUUGAGGAAUCAUUACCUGAGCAUUCAUCCAAGAGUAUCGAUCGCUGUAUACUUCCUCAAGGAUGAGCCAAAUGUCGGAUGGAUACGAGUGAUUAAAAAGCCGCAAAUUCAAAUUUUGACUAAGAAGAAAGCGACUAAUCUAUUGACUAAAUUAGCUAUGGCGGUCACCUACAUUCACGUGGAACUCCAACGUUCCACAUCCAGACAGGGCAAAGAUUUCAUUCAAAAAAGAAAAGCAAUUUUUCAAUGGCUGAUCACGGUUAUAUUUGAACCAAAACAAGGUUUUCCAAUAUACGGUAAAUUAAAAAUCAACCCAGGAUUGGCACCUUGGGAGGAGGAGAGGUAUAGAAACACAGUCAUAUUUACCCCGGUCCAAUUGAGAUUAAUUCAAUACUUUUCUGAACCACUCACCAGUCUCACUUUGAGAGAGACCGCAGCCUUUAUUAUCACAUCCUGGUAUCAUGAUCAUGAUGACACUGAGUUUUGCUCUUGGGCAAAAUUGCCCUUCCAAGAUUAA